AUGAAUAGAAUAUCAAAGUUGGCAUCAUCUUCAACGCUGUUGCGCAGUUGUAGUUGGCGGGCUACACCUUCAUCACUAUAUGCAGUGAGAAACAGUCUGUUUACUCCGAUGCCACACGUGUCAUCAUUGCAGCAAUUGCAGCGUUACUAUUCAUCAGAGGUCAACAAGCCCUCAACACCAAACAACAACAACAAUAACACAGAGUCUACAUCAGGUACCAACAACAACAACAACAGUACCAACAAUGAAUCAUCGUCAAACAACAAUCAAGACCAGGAAGUUAAGAAGUCACCUGGUGAGCACCAUACUCAAAAGAGACAGAUCACAUGGGCAAGCUUCAUAGUUGCUAUACUCUGUGGUGGAGUUGGUUGGCUCUACUACGAUCAUCUCAUGGUCCAGAAGAGAGAGAAGAUCAGACAGAUAGAAACAUAUGGUACUAGUUCGAUUGGUGGCGCAUGGUCUUUGUUUGAUGAGAAUGGUAAACCAGUGUCUGAUCUUGACUUUAGAGGCAAGUACUUGUUGCUAUACUUUGGCUUUACUUUCUGUCCAGACGCAUGUCCAGCCGAGCUCGACAAGAUGACAAGGGUGUUAAACAACCUCCAGCAAUACAAUCUGUUGGACUCUGUCGUGCCCAUCUUCAUUACGAUUGAUCCAUGGAGAGACACAGUGGAGCAGAUCAAGAACUACAUUGUAGAGUUCCAUCCAAAGGUGCGUGGAUUCACCGGCACCCCAGAGCAAAUCACCAAGCUUGCCAAGAGCUACCGUGUCUUCAUCACCAAGUCUGGCAAAGGCGACAGCUAUCUCGUCGAUCACUCAAUCAUUGAAUACUUGAUUGGUCCAGAUGGAAAGUUCAUCGAGUUCUAUGGAUCAAAUUUAACGUCUGAUCAGAUGACGAUGAAGAUCGUCGAGAGGAUGGCCAACAAAGGCAAGGGAGGAGCCAACAGGGGCGAGAUCCAAAGAGAGAAGAGUACUUUCGAUAAGAUAAUCAGUGUGUUCACAAGAGAGUAG